AUGGCUGCCAGAGAGCCAUCCAGAUACCUGGCAAGGGCACUUCCCAGGGCAUUCGCCCCUUCUGCCCGCCCCCAGGCCUUUUUGGGCCGACGCAAUGUCUCCGAUGAAGCCCCGGGUCGACGUCUAUCAGACCAGCUCGAGGACUUAGAGACCUCGUCUUCAUUGUCGGCGCAAGUUUCCGAUGCCGACGCAAAGUCAUUUGACCCCGUUGCGCGAAGCAAAGCUCGCAAAACCCAACUUCCCCGGAGUCGAUACCAAUUCCGCUCUCCUAAAUAUGAUCGCGGUCCUCUUCACCCUCACCAACCCCCUGCUCCCUCCGAUCCCUCCUCCCGUCUCUUCGUCCCCGGUCCUUUCGCUCUUCCCCGUGCCGAGCAGACCUACAACUCAACCGUCGCAUCUGACAUCCUCACCCUCUGCUACGUGCACACUCCACCAGGCUUCAAGCCUCCAGUCAAGGCAUCCCGUCUCCGUGAAUGGGAUGACAGCUCCCCGUACCACAAGAACCGUCCUCUCCGCGGACCGCGUGGUGGAGAUGUAUUGCGUUUACUCCGCAAGCCAAUCAAAUUCAACAACGUCCCCAAGGUUGAGCGCAUCACUAUACACAGUUACGUGAAGUCCGCCGCUUCAGACCACUCCGGUUGGUUGCAUGUUGCUGGUAUCGCCGUGCAGGCUAUCUCCAACGUCCGAGUUGAGACCUUCAAGUCCAAGUCUAGUGUUGCUAACUGGAGCAUUGUCCCUGGUCGUGAUACUGUGGCUGUGAAGGCUGAGCUGCACGGUGAAAACAUGUAUCACUUCCUUGGAAAGCUGAUUGAUGUUGUUCUCCCUCGCAUUAAAGAUUGGCCUGGUGUUAAGGGAAGCAGUGGUGAUAGCAGUGGAAACAUUACCUUCGGUCUGGAACCGGAGCAAGUUGCUCUUUUCCCUGAGAUUGAGAUGAUUCCUGGUUGCCAUAUCACCCUCCACACCACCGCCAAGGCGGACAAGGACGCCCGUCUGCUCCUCAGCGCUAUGGGUAUUCCUUUCUACGGAAAGAUCAUCCACUGA